AUAAAUCUCCCCCUAUGAGAUUAGUGAAGAUAGUAAACUACAGUCCACUUCUUCAUUCAAAAGGUUCACUCAGGACCCCUAUUCUCUUGAUUGAUAGGGGUCCCAGCAGUCAGACCUGCACUGAUCAGACAAUUAACACUGAUCCUAUGAAUAGAAGCCACAGUGAACAUUCAGAGGCCAUCAGCCUAAGGCAUAGUAGUCACAGCUCUAGACAGUACACACUUUUGAAAGCCACCAUGCCUCACCGUUUGGUCAUCGUACGCCAUGGCGAAAGCUCAUGGAACCAGGAAAAUCGGUUCUGUGGAUGGUUCGAUGCUGAACUCAGUGAGAAGGGGGUAGAAGAGGCUAAACGAGGAGCUCAGGCCAUCAAAGAAGCAAAGAUGGAGUUUGACAUCUGCUACACAUCUGUUCUGAAGAGGGCAGUGCGCACACUGUGGUAUAUCCUGGAUGGCACCGACCAGAUGUGGUUACCGGUGCACCGGACCUGGAGGCUGAAUGAGCGUCAUUAUGGAGGACUGACUGGACUCAACAAGGCAGAGACCGCAGAGAAGCAUGGAGAGGAGCAAGUGAAGAUCUGGAGGAGGUCUUUCGACAUCCCUCCACCACCCAUGGGAGAAGAUCAUCCUUACUACAAGCUCAUCUCCAAGGAUAGACGCUACAAAGACCUGAAAGCAUCUGAGCUUCCAUCAUGUGAAAGUCUAAAGGACACUAUUGCCCGUGCCCUCCCAUUCUGGAAUGAAGUCAUCGCCCCACAGAUCCUCGCUGGCAAGAGGGUGCUCAUUGCAGCCCAUGGGAACAGCCUUAGGGGCAUUGUCAAACAUCUGGAUGGCAUGUCUGACGCGGCCAUUAUGGAGCUUAAUCUCCCCACCGGAAUCCCUAUCGUGUAUGAGCUGGAUGACAACUUGAAGCCAAUCAAACCCAUGUCCUUCCUGGGAGACGAGGAGACAGUAAAGAAGGCUAUGGAGGCCGUGGCUGCACAAGGCAAGGUCAAGAAAUAAAGAGAAGAAACGGCACUUAGAGAAAGUAAAGUGGACUAUUAGAAUAAAUCCUUCUCUCGCGGCCCUUAUAGAAUUUUCUUGUUAUUGUAAGAAUCAAGAAAGCAUCUCAUUUGUAUUCUACUGUUAAUGUGUUCUAUAUUAGUCCAUGUUAUGUUGACUUUCUGCAGUCUUAAUCUGAAAUUACAAUGGGAAGAUACCGUAAGUGAUAAUUCAUGGAUCUACUCAAUGAUGUAUUUAACAUAAAGGGAGACCCAGUAUCUGCUAUCAGACACAUGGAGAUGGACCUGUUCUGCUUUGGAUGCGUUCCAAGGGACCGCUCUAGGUUGAUGUCCUGCUCCAAAUUAGGUAAUACGUGCACAGAGAAAACACACACUGACUCAAGGCUAGGUUAAAAUGGAUUUUCUGUUUGUUGUAUUGCAUACACACAAUAUGCAUUCUUCAGUAGGGCGUAGCACAUUGUGUAAGCAUUGUAAUCGGUUAGUAGACUAUGUUUACGUAAGCAUUGCAUCAUGAUUUCUGUGCCAAGCUGGUUGGUCACACAGGGUGUAGUACAGGAUGUAACCACCAUCUUAGAAGAAUGAUCUUUAUUUUAUAUCUAUUAUCCAUAACAGUUCCCCCUUCUAUAUGGCCAUGUAAACCAGUGCAGGUACUGUAUGGCAGCAUUAUCAAAGCAGGAACAGGCCAGUUAUGUUCUCAUAUCCUACAAGAAAUGGGACAGCGGGUGGGAUGGGCUGUCGUCUUCCAUAGUUAAGGAGUAUGAAGGCAAUUUUCUGUCCUAAGUAUGUAUCAAGUCUGUAACUGUUUGUAUACCUGGUCAUCUAUACCCCUUACCUUUGGAUUUAUACACAUAAAUGUGAUGUUAUCACUUCUUUACCCCUACUAUCUAAUCCCAUAACUAGACCCACCCCAUCCACCACAAAUGGCCCCAUUAAGUCUCACUUAACAUAUAUAACAGCAAUGUGUGUUCCAAAUUCCAGUACAAUUUUAUGUCUCUGGUCAAUAAGCGUUCAUACUGUGUCUUUUUACAAACUAUCUCUACAUUGCAAGAUGGAGGUAGUGUUCUUGUAUCUGAAUAAAUGAAUAAUAU